AUGACAGACCGCGUAGCAGGUCACAGCCCACUGAAACUCCUGGCUGAGGUGUAUCAGCACCUGUUUGCUAUGGGGAUCAACUGGGGCUGGAUCGUUGUCGUCUUCUACUUUGUGUACAGAGUCAUCGCCCAGGGAGGCAAAGGAAGGAUCUUCAAAGUAGGGGUCUCUGCAGUGCCAUCCCUGAAGAGGCUGGGGGUGGGUGCUUAAAAGUCGGCCGGAUUAUCAGGUGGCUUUUGCAACACGGCUGUGCCUUCUCAUUCCAGUAACCUAACAAUUUCUAGAGGCAAAUUAACAACGCGGAGGACACAUUUUAGGUCCAUUUUGACCAAGGAACGUGCCAACAGCUGCAUCCCUAUCUGUCAGCCAUAAUAGUCCCUUGGGGGCAACUUGGGACAGUCACUCUUUCGGUCUUGCCUACCUCACAGGGUUGUUGUGAGGAAAACACAGACUGCACUCCUGUGCUUACUUACCUGGGAGUAAACUCCAUUGAACACUAGGAUUUACCAAAUACCAUAUGGAAUCCUGUUCUCAUUCAUUUUGGAGUUAGUCCCACUGAACUCAGGCUGGCAAACCACUUCCUCCAGCACACACCUAAUGAUGCUUACUCUGAAUUAAGUCCCACUAAAUUCAAUGGCGCUUACUCCCUAGUGAGGGAAUCUAGGGUGAUGUCCUUAAGACUGUCACAAGCUGCCAACUUUUAUUCUCUCUCUCUCUCCUAUUCUCUCUUUCCUUCACGCCCUUACCCAUUUUUGGCGGGAAGAAUGAAGAUCUUGCCUGAAGAAGAGUUCUGGUGAACUCUAAAGGUUACUCAUUACUCUGCAUUUUUUGUUACUCAUAAAGGUAUGCAGUGUUAAGAGAGUUAUAGUACCUCUGGUGAGGGACAUAUCAUGCUGCUUCUGGGGUACUUUGUUCACCUUUUGUCCCCACUCUGCACUCAGCUCUCACCUGUGGCUCCUAGAAGCUGUCAGCAUGGGUCAGUGGCCACACCCUGGGAACGGCUUUGGCUGACCAGCUAAAUGAGGUGAGGGUAGCCAAUUGGUUUCAAACCCUCAGUGAGUUAGAGACUUCCCCUUCAUGAAAAGACUGGCUUCAGCGGGUUGAGCAGACAAGACCAAUAGUGAGUUCCAAUGGUCAAGAAGAUGGCUUCUGCCCGUGCUGUGAAGGUAAGUGAGGGGCAGAUGGGGCUUGUCGAUCUGGGAAGGCAGCCCAUCUAGAAGAAGGAACACUCCAGUCCUAAACUUCUGCUGCCUUGUGGGACAUCUUUGGGAGAAGAAAAAGCUAAGGAGUAAACCCUACACAAAUCUGGAGUGGAGUCCCUAAGAUGGUUAGAUGGUGCCUUGUAUGCCUCCUUCUGGCAACUCCUGCGGCCAAGCUGGUGCCAAACAUAUUGCUCUGCUUUCCUUUGGGGCCACAUCAGCGAGUCCAAGAGGGGGGUCUUGUCAUUGGACCUCCAUACAUACCACCCAGGCUUGCGCCCCAGGGAGGUCACUGCUGCUAGUGCAGAGAUUUGACUUCACCCCUGGAGGCACACACCAUAGUCUCUCGAGACAGAUAGAUGCCAACAACAAAAAAGGUAUUAUACUACUGUUAAGUCUGGCUUCUCUCUACUGAAUGAGUGGCAGCAUUUCUUUAUUUCCUCAACUCUAUUCCAGUUCCAGUUGGUUUGCCACACUGGUGGAUUGGCCUUCCUAAGGAACCAACUGGCUGCCUGGAUCCAGCAGCUGGGAGGCUGGGUAAGUGACAUAUAUGGGCAGGAAUCUAUAGGGCGGGGGCAUUAUUUGGAGUUAUAGUCAAGGAGUGGAAGGACUCUUCUGUUCUCAGAAGAAGACAUCAGAAGUCAAUAGCAGUCAAUGGUAUAUUAUUCCAGGUUCAAAAUUCUCACUGUCUCCAGUUAGACAUUACGGCAGGGAUAGGGAACCUUUGGCCCAUUGGAUGUUUUUGACUGCAACUCCCAUCUGACACAGCCAGCAAGACCAACAGCCAGGGAUGAUGGGAGAUGUAGUUGAACAACACCUGGAGGCCACAGGUUCUUGCUUGAGAUUCUGGAGCAUCUAGUGCUAGAGAGCUGCCAGCCAUGGUAGACAAUAUCGGCCCAGAUGCACCAAUGGUGUGACUUGGUACAAGUACAGUGGUACCUCGAAUUACAGGUGCUUCAGGAUACAGACGCUUCAGGUUACAGACUCCACAAACCCUGAAGUAGUACCUUGAGUUAAGAACUUUGCUUCAGGAUGAGAACAGAAAUCGCACGGCGGCAGCGGGAGGCCCCAUUAGCUAAAGUGGUACCUCAGGUUAAGAACAGUUUCAGGUUAAGAACGGACCUCCAGAAUGAAUUAAGUUCUUAACCCGAGGUACCACUGUAUAUGAACAAAAGAAAACAGUGUCCUUCAUGUCUAUUAAGUGAAGCUAUUUUUAAGCUGGCUCUGAAUCACAUUUCUCUUUGGGGUUUACUUGUUCUGUUGAAUUGCUGCUGUGGUGCCUCUUGGGCUAACUUAAAAAGCAUUAUUACUUGUAGGUUUUAGCAGGGCGUAGGCAUGCCACAGUUGUCAAACCCAGGCCAAUCCCAGCCUACCUUUCAGAUGCUUCAGAUCUUUUCUAAUAGGUUUACUUGUUUCAAAAUUGUUCCAUGGGCAGUUUGCAUCUCUGAAGGCAAACUGAGCACACAAACACGAGGUUCAGAACCUUGGACAAUUUCAUUCAUCAAAAGGGCAAGUUUUUAGUUCUUAAGACUGAAUACAGUAUAGGUUUGACAAGACUAUGAGAGAAGUACUUGAGGAAAACAUCAGAAGCUGAAUGGCUACCACGACAUAAGUUAUUCCAUGAUUAGUCUGUAGGUCUUCAUACAUACUUUGAUCCUAGAAGCAAAAAAGUAAAUUAUGCAAGUAACAGAGGGCUUCAUCACACAUCACAGAAAACCAGGUUAAAUCAUUGUUAAGUAAACCAUAGUUAAGCCACGAUCCCUGACAUACCAUUAUGUCCAAAGUAGGGAUUGUGGUUUAUUUUGCCAUAGCAUAACACAAACAAUAAGCAAAGAACAAACUUUGGGGUGAGCUAUAAACUCAUUGAACUUAACAGGCCUCCAUAAGUCAUGCCCAUUAAUUUCAAUGGGCCUACUCUGAAUCUGACUAGCAUUGGACAGAGCCCUGUGUGAGUCGUUGCUGUUUUAAGGCUUGAAAUGCCACAGUUCCUGAUUCAGCCAUAAUGCGAAGUCAGGGGUUGUGGUUUGUUAACUCACAGCAGAAGUGGUGGGGAGACUAACAGCCCAGACCAGGACGUUCAGUGUAAACCAAGGAUGGGAGACAUAAGGGCCACAUUCCUUUCUGGGCAAGCUUCUGGGGGCCACUUGCCAGUGACGGGCAGGGUCAGAGGCCGAAGUGGGCAGAGCAACCAAUGUGACUGUGGUUUAUGGCCAGCAUUAUGUUCAUGUGAAUUAACUGUGUGCCCGCCUAUUAAUGGCAAAUUGGCAUUGGACAAGAGUGGACCCUGCUGCUGGCCUGCAUUAAGAGUCAUGCCAGAAAGUUGUAUAAACCCUUACUUGAUAAACCAGUUCAAUACUGUGUGGUGCCUGAAUUCAGUAAACACACUUUGGAUAGGUAGAUCAUUGACAAGUGUUUUAAUCUGUUUUUAGCUUAUAGUUGAUUUCAAUAAUUAUUAUUAUUAUUUAAUCAAUCUUUUAAAUAGUUGCUUUUAACUUUUUAAAGGAUAUUUCAAUUGUCUUUUUUAUUUGUACAUAUAUUUUAAAUUUGUAUACAGCCCUAUAACCGCAGGUCUCUUUGAGGUGGUUGUUGUUUUAAACAGUCAAGUGGUAUAUAGAUUUUAUGAAAUAAAAUUAAAUAUAAAUAAACAAGGUUAAAGUGACAACAUAGUCACAAUACCCUGAGAUUGGGGGUACUUCUUCGAUGGGAAGAGACGAGUCUCCCCCCCCCCUCCGCCCAGUCGCUUGGGAGAUACUUUAAACAUCAGUUUGCAAAGUUUACAAAAUAACAUUUAGAGAACACUUGGCUACUACUGCUGAUAUAAUAUCUUUGUGAGUGAGCUGACACCAGAAUGACUCAGUUCUUGCUCUUCUCUUGCAGAACGCAAUGCUAAACUGGAACCUGUUUCAACUAGAAGUGAGAAAAGAGCCUGCGAAACACCAUUGCUACUAUCAUAAAUUGUGCUUGGCUCCUAUGGUUUGGGAAGGAAUUUAA